AUGUCUGCAACUCCUGCAUCCACUUCUGGCACUCUGAAUGCCGAAAGCCAUUACCGACCCCUGAAGCUGAGCCUUGCAACUAUUUCCUGCACAUUGGCAAUGGCUGGAUCGCGCGUCUGUGCAUGCAUCUCUCAAUAUCGGACGGAAGCUGCCAACAAUGGUAUAUCUUCUGACCGGAUCAAGUAUUUUAAAGCUGGGCUGCAAUGGGAGAUGAAUACUUUUGUCACACCACUCCUGCAGUACUCCGCUUCACAGAAUAUUGUUUCCGGACGACAUUUUUCAUUCCACCUCCUUUCAUUUCAUGAUGAGCCAAUUGCAGGACAUCUGUCCCAGAUUGUGUUCGCAUAUACAUGUCCAUGGUGGAUGGGAAACACCACAAUCCCUGAUCAACCAUGGCAGUGGGAUGAAAUAAUGGCUUCCUGCGUCUCUCACUACCAGUAUUGGGCUCUUAAUGUUGAGGAUGAUGCUUUGGUUCUUCCAGAGAAGUUGAAAAACACUUUGACUCCACCACUUAUGGGACUGAGGUUCAUUAAAGAACACAUGGAAGCAUUGAUGGAGGAGCAAGAUCAGGGCAUCAAAGCCAAGAUGGGAGAGGUGAAGAUGUACACUGACAUGUUAGAGAAAUUGAGGAAAGGCAAAGGAGUGUAG